UCAGAUGGAGAAUCACGUAUGUAUAUAGUGAUUGUUUUAUACAUAUACGUAUGAUGUUCAGUUUGUCUGGGAUAAUAUCAAUCUUGCAUGUAGACUGAUUCAGCACCCAUGCAAUAUAAUUAGCACACAGCUGGACAAAUAAGUAAAUGAUAACCAACAAAAUAUUUCAUUUACAUUUACUUCAAUACAACCCCUGUUGGAAUAUGCAAGAAACUCUUAUUGGUACUAAUGAAGAAGGCGAGUUAAGAACAAGAGGCAACAAAACAGCACUUUGUACAAGGGUGCAUUUUUUUAUGAAGAUUACUGAGCUGGUGUUUGCAUGCUUGGCUGCUGGAUUGCUGUCUGAAGCAGAGGAUAUAACAAACACCAUACUGAAAACAGAAAUAGUACAUGGAACAACAAUUGGUUUUAUUAUGAUCAAUGGACUUAUAGUUUUUGCUGAACUUACACAGCCAAUAGGCAAAGCACCGAUGGUACUGUCAUCAGUAUUUGGUUGCAUUAUGUUCAUCACUUCUGGAGUGUGUCUGCUACAAGUGAGGAAGACUAUUGGUGCUGUGUGUGCAGGAAUAAUCUCAAUACUAGAAGGUGUACUCUUCUUCAGUGAUAUUUUUGUUGUCUGGUGCUAUAGAGAGGAUGUCAAGAUACAAUGGUCACGCCAGAGCUUGCGUUCCAGAGCUGCAUUUGUCUAGAUGGUCAUGAAAAUCAACCAAAAGUUCUUCUACAUAGACUGUCUCACAUCACUGUUAAUGCUACAUCACUUAGUACAUUCAUUUUAUCUCAAUAUGCCAUACCUGCCAAAAACUGUAGGAGAGCAAUAAGUGCUGAAGCUGACUGUGUUCUUUCAAAUAUUCCAAUUUAAUUGACUGAAGCACUGAGGGAGUCAUCACAGUUGUAAUAUUUAUAUGACACGGAACAAGAUUCUAUUCUGAUAACUUUGUAAUACAGUACUGGUCAUGGACCCUCAAGACACAUAAACGAAUUUAUGCCAGCAAUACAUAUAUCUGCAGGGUUAAAGGUAAUCUACAGGAGGAAAGCAGGUAAUAUGUAAAUAUAACUUAUUAAUGUAUUAUUUACUGUGGAAAGUUGAAGAGCUGUGAGUUCAUAAUUUAUUUUGUUAUAUUUAUCAUGAAUAAAAUGCAUAAAUACGCAAUAUGGUAAUUUAUUGUGUAAGUUUGAGUAGCUGUGUUCUCAUCAUUUUUUUAAGAAUUACAUCUAAUAGCGAAAUCUUAUGUUUUCAUUUGUGAUUAUUUAUAUGUAUGCCCCAACUCGAUUUUCAUAAUUAAUGUGUAAAACCAUUGAACAGUAAGUAAGUUUCUGUUUUCUUACAAUAUGCUCAUGAUUAAAUCUAUUGCUGCACCUGAGGUUGAAAAAUGAAUAACUGUGCUUACACAAGGAAACGUUGUGCUACAUUCCAAUAUUCCAUCAAUAAAGGUAUUUUUCUCUUUAAGUAGGAUGUAAGGACAGUAUUCCUGUUGUCUAUGCUUGUAAAACUUAUUCUGCAGCAUUUGUAUCACAGUAUUGGCAUCACUUUUUAUUUUAUACUAUUUCUUAAUUUUUGUUGCAGUUGCAUUCAUGUUUGAGUUAAUGAUUACCAGUUAAAAUGUACUUGUUCAUUUUCAAACUACUUCCUGAGCUGUUCUUCUGUGGCUAAUGAAAUAACUUCAUAGUAUAACAUUUCCACAUACAAACUGUUAUUCACAUUUGAACAUUUUGUACCACUAACUAUUAUAUGAUGAGUCAUCUCUUAAUGAACAAGUAUUAACAUUUAUUGCACUGUGAAGUUCCUCGUGUUAAGUAUAAUAUUUUCCUUUGUAUGGAUGUUACUGUGAUUUUAGCUGGUUGAGGACACUGUUGAUUAUGGAAAUGCAGAAGUUUGAUUAUU